AUGGCGGAAAACAACUCCAAUUACAACAACAACACCAAUAAAUCUGACCUGAGGAAAGGUCCUUGGAGUAUAGAAGAAGACAUGAUGCUGAUCGCGUAUGUGGAGAGAAAUGGUGAGAAUUGGAAUGCUGUGAAGAAUAAUUCUGGGUUGCUCAGGUGUGGCCCAAGUUGCAGGCGUAGGUGGGUGAAUCAUCUAAAGCCUGGUCUCAAGAAGGGUGCAAUUUCUGCUGAAGAACAAAGAACCAUCGUGGAACUUCAUGCAAUGUUUGGGAACAAAUGGGCCAAAAUAGCUACUCAGCUACCUGGCAGGACUGACAAUGAGAUCAAGAACUUUUGGCAUAGCAGGGUGAAAAAGCGCGAGAAAGCAGGGUUACCCCUUUAUCCCCCAGAAGUUCUUGCAAGAGCAGAAGCUUAUCAUCAGCCACAAAAGGAGAAGCAACUUCAACAUAUAUUGUCUUCAUCGUUUUCUGCAGGUGCUGAUUACCCCAACAACCCUGGUGUGCUUCUGCCAAAUCAACCAACUUUUGGAAAUCCUCUGGCAAACCACCUUGAUCCUGCUGCAAAUUACUACACCAGUUCAUACCCCCCGCUGCCGCUCUCACCGCUGCCGCAGUUUGAGUUUUUCAAUAAGAAUGGUGGUGACAGAAACAUUGCUCUGCCUCUGUCCCCUGUUUCUGCAUAUGUAACAGGCUCGGCCUCUGAGAUAUCUGCGACCAUAACUACCGCAGCUGCUGGCUCUGUUACCCCUGUUUCAUCCCUUGCUAGUGAAUUUGAAGGUUGGCUUGAAGCUACAAGCAACAUGGCCAAUGACUAUCAUGAAGAUGUUGCACCGUUUCCAUAUCCUCCUCUUCCAGGAAACACUGGCUUGUUGGGUGAUAUGGUGCUUGAUGCUGAGAGUCUAUCUCUCAAUAACAAGGGGAAGAACAUAAUGGCUGAUCAGGAUGAUGCUGCGGAAGGAAGCAGCAACACUGUGAAGGAGAACAAUGCUGAAGCUACUAAUGAGAACCAGAGCAAUGAACUUGGUGAAAAUCAAAUUGGAGUUCAUGUGGAGGAGAUGAAUGAUUAUGAUGACCUCUAUAGCCAAAUCGACUUUUCAGAAUUGUCAUGGACUUUUGGAGAUUUCGGGAGCGGCAGUGACGUGUCUGAUAUAUGCUAA